ACCGGCUAGUAACAAAUCACAACAUCCGGUCAAAAGUUUUUAGUAUUUUUUUCAUUUUUGAAAAGGAAAAAAAAACACUUAUAAGCAUAAUAAACUAAACAUUUUAUGUUUAAAGGAACGGCUUUAAGAAGAUAGGAAGACAUUUAGAAAACAAUUGUCAGGUGGCAAGUCAGAAUGUAGAUUCAAGUUGCUGGAAAAUUUAGUUAGAUUAGUAGUUGUCUCAAAAUGCGUUGUGUUCCUCGUAAAGGACGUCAACAGUGGGUGUUCUUUCUAUUGUUAGUAUGUCUACUUGGUGUUUACCUCACAUAUAAACAACUACAGGAUAGUGAACCUGGUCAUACAGAUAUACGACCUGAUGGUAAACAUGUAGAACAUUUACAACAACAGUUGAAGAAAAGAGUAAACGGUAAUCUAGAUGCACCACUAAAACAUGCUGUAAAUAGUGCUCACAUUCAAAGUUUAGAUAAAAAACCUGAUGUUAAUGUUGUACGACAAGGUUUUCCUGCUGGCAGGGCGUUGGAAAAUGAGGAUGAUUAUGUAACAGAGGAUGAAAAAUUAGCCAGACUUAAACUGUUGCUUAUUACCCUGUCUCCGUCAAACUGGAAAACAACAAUUGACCCAGAUGAGAUGAUAUUAUUAACAAAAUCUGAGUUGUUAGAUUUAGGUAUUGAGAGUAAGUUAUCUUGUAGAGAGAUUGACAAUAUGAAAUCUAGUUAUAGUCGACAUCAAGGUUUCUAUGGUAAGAAAAUAAUAGACUAUGUACAGAGAAGUUACUCCUCAGAUUAUGUUCUGAAAAGUGUAGGAAGAGAUCAACAGUUGAAGAUAGAAUGUAUGAAAAUGGAUUAUAGGGAAGACAGGUGUCAUCUGAUGGGAAAUUAUAAACUAGUUAAAGAGCUAGUUAUGUUUGCCGUACUAAAUCAGCCGUCUAUUAUAAAACUGGAAGGUUUUUGUCUGCGGGGAGAAACUAUUGAUCCUCGUGUUAGAAUGAAGGGAGCAAUUAUUGUUACAGAAGCAGGCAAGAAAAUGCAGCAAGACUUGUAUCAAUUAUUACCAUGGUCAUCUAAAAUUGAGAUUGCUAUCCAGCUGAUGAAGUUGUUGUUGUACUUAGAAAAUAGUCCUAUAGGAUCCCUGGGCUUUGAGAAACUACAGCUAAAUGACUUUGUUAUGUUGAACUCUGACAUCAAACUUGUAGACCUUGAUAAUCUUAUGAUUGGAGAGAAAUUCUGUAACACUGACAAUGACUGUAUGGUAGAGGAUAUACCACAAAAAGUUAUAUCAUGUGAGGAGAAGAUGUGUAAAGGUCGUAACAUGAUGAAAAACUUGUAUCUGCUACAACAGUCAGUUCUCUCACUGUUGUUCCAGUACUCACCUGAGGGAGAGGAAACUAAAAAAUUACUUGCAAGUCUUCAAAUUCUGAAACUUACACCGAAGGAAGUUCUCAACUGGCUAGAAAAAAGGAAAGGAGGUGCUGAUAAAGUACAAGAGAUGGACAGACAAAGGAACGUACAGAGAGAGAUAGAGAGAGAAAACAGAGAAAGACAACAAGACAGUGUUGUACAACAUAAUCAGGAUACAGUUCAAGAAAUGCAACAAGGAUAUGACGGCAAAAAUUCCUACAUUAGACAAAAUAAUGCUAACUUUCCAGGCCGUUAUGACUACUCAUGCGGGAAGUCUCGUGUAUCAUGGGGCUGCGUGCUUACAGUGAACAGCUUAGACGAGGCCAAGUCUCUGUGUGACAGGGAUGAUAAUUGUGCCUCGUUCAUCAUCUUUUCAUCUCACCCAGAAUCGGAUGCUGUGAUGACUAUGGUAAUGAAGAACUCGUUGUCUGGAAGUCCUGAUCCAAAUUAUGGGGCAACAUUGUUUAAAAAGAACAAACGCAAAAAAGUGGAUUAUGUUGAACGUAUAAGUGAUGCAGCCAACAAUGCUGGCAACAAUGCAGACAAUGCAGGCAAACUGGUUGAACAGAAAGAAGAAACCAAAGUGGAGGCUGUAAAAACAGAAAAUACAAAUUCUAAAUCAUGUUUCACUAAGGUUGCCAACACUACAAAGAGUGCAAGAAUAAGACGUGAAAAAAGGCUGUUUAUACAUCUAGGUCUUAGAGGUACAUCAGAAGAAGACUGGAAGACAUACGCUGAGUCAACAAAGAUAGUUAGAUAUCUCGGUCCGUCACAACUUGCCUCUAGUUCUGUAAGAGGGGGACGUUUUAGAUUCCAGUUUGACAAGAAUACAUUAGGAUUGACUAAAGGAGAGUUUAUAGCAGAGAAGGGACCAAAAUAUUAUCAUCUAGCAUACCUUGCUUCUUACCAUUUAGACAGAGUGUUAGGUCUUUACCACAUUCCACCAACUGUGUCAAGGACAUUGAAGACAUCAGAGGUGAAAGCUAUACAAAGUGAAACAUUUCCAGUACAGAAAUACCUGAACAUUACUAGUGAUGGUGGUCUGAAAGGAUUGGUGACUGUAUCUAUGCCACCGGUUAUGAAAACAAGUGAACUGACUAUAAAGAAACGAGACAGUCUGGUUACAGAAGUUGUAGAGUUUACCAGGAACCAGAAAGUUCAAGUAGAGUAUAUAUUAAUGUGGGCAUUAACAAAGAUGAUGCAGCCUCAACAUGGUUAUCUAGGAUAUAAAGGACAUUUGAUACAUUUUGAAGCAGAUCUAGCAUUUGAAAGUCUCAGCAAGUCUUUGAUUGGAUAUUUCUAUAACUGUCAGUUUCCUAAUACAGUAUAUAAGACACUGGUAUGUUAUAAAUGUCCUGAUUCGAAAAAAUCCAGUAAUAUUUGUGGACUUGGAUUUGAGAUUGUGAGAAGGAUCAGGAACAGUGGAUAUACAACAAAUGAGAUUCGUGUUGGUUCUAUCAACAGUAAAGAUCUGAUCAAUAUUAUAGACAGUAGUGCCUCAGCUGUUCUACAAGUGGUAGAACAAUGUAUUAAAACAUUCGCUAGAGAAAAAGUCUUGUAUUAAUUUUGUUAUAUAUACAAAAUAUGAAUUCCAUGAUAUUUUCAUAAAAUUGCAUAAUUGUGAUGUCCCAUUGUUUGUUUUUAUGGUUAUAUAUUGUUACAUAAUUAUAUAAGUUUCUUACAUAUAUUAUUGAUACAGUAACCUCCCUGAUAUAUGAUAUUUUUUAUAAAGUUAUUUUCUAUGUUGAUAUUUUUUGUUCUUAUAUUCUAUUAUAAUGAUAUAGAUAUAUACAUGUAUAUCCAAGUCUAUUAUAUAUCCUUAACUAUAGGUGUGUAGGAUCUUAUAUAAGUUGUUACAUAUUAACAUUAAACAGAACUUAACAUAGCUAUAUUCAGAUCUAGUUAUAUUGUCUACAGACACUAUGUAAGAUAUAGAUUCUAUAUUCAAAUGAAUUAUUUACCUGCUAGUUUUAAUUUGUUGUCAGGUGGCACUACCUUCACUGGAGAAUUUUUCAUAAAGCUAAAUUUUAACAAUUGACUUAAAAUACAUAUGUUGUCUAAUUGGUUGAAUUAAAUGACUCAUAUUUCAACAUUUGCUGUGUCUAUUUGAUAUUGAAAAUGUUUUUGAUAGUGAAUAUAGUUUUGUUAUCAUAGAAACUUUGAUAAUAUUUUAUAAACUAUUUUGUUGUUGUUGUUAUAUGGCAUAUUAAAAUAGAAAAUGUUGGUAACUGUACAUAGAUACAGUUAUCUGAUGAAGUGUUGGUUGAUAAAUCCAACAACAUAAGAUUAGUGCUUGUAUUUGUUCAUUUUUGAGCUCAAAUAAAAUGUUGUUGUUUUUUCAACUGAGGUUGUAUACUAGAAACUUUUUGUUUUUUUCUGUUUUAUCUAUAUUUUCUUACAGGCUGCAAAUGUUAACAACCACAAAACAAAGAGUCCCUUUCUAGACUUGUAUUUUUCAAUGUAAAUAGAUGAGAUAAAAUUGUUGAAGUAUAUCUAGGUUUAUAAUAAGUGGAAGUAAAAAAUAGAAAAUAUAUAAACUUUUUUAUUCAGAUAAGCUGUAGAUCUGUAAUUCUCUUAUUUUUGUUUGCAUUUUAGAUAAGAAUCAUCAAGUUUUUGCAUGUACACGAUAUGUCUGUGAUGAAAUCCAGUGUUAAACUAAAAGAAAAAAAAACAAACAUAAAAUAAACAAUUCAAUAUCACAUUAACUUCUUAAUGGUAUUUGAUUAGGUUUACGACAAAUGUUUGUCAUUGUUGUUCAUAAUUUAAUUUUCUUGUAAAGUUUCCAAAAAUCGGGUUAUUUUGAUUUAAUUUUGAACAUGUACAAUUUGGUGUUUUUUUAAUAUACCUACAAAAUUGACAAUUUUUGAGAAAGAAAACAAAGUUAGUUAAAGGUUAGAUAACUCUAGAGUGUUGUACAGAAGAUAUGUUUCAGUUAGAUAAGCUGGAUACUCCUACAUUUAUAUUUUAUGUUAGGUGUAUAAAUCAUUAUUAUCAAAUAUAGCUUACACUUUAAUCAAAAUAUUGUUUUGAAAUUAAUCAUUUUGUAUAUUUUAGUUUUGAUAUAACUUUAAUUUUUGUAUUUCUUUUAUGGGUCAGUUUAUUUUUUGUAUUUGUGGUAAGAUAACCCACCUAUUUGAGUACAGGUACUUUUUGCAAUUUGCAAUAUUUUUUAUAUAUUUUUUGUUGUUGUAUUUUUCUGCAAAUGUGAAGGGAAUGUAUGUAAUUACAUGGAAUUUUUGUCUAUAUAAAAAUAAAUAUUGCAAUGUUUAAGUUUAAAUCAGUUGAUUGAGAUAUUUGGUGUCUAUAUAUUUACUGUAGAUUUAGACAUGGGUCAAUUUGUUGUUUUCUAUGAAAACUAUGUGUGAUGAAAUUGAUGACAUGUGUAAAA